UACCACAAACGCACUUGAGAGACACUUCAAAGUGGACCAAACCAAAACACUUCAACAACAACAACCUUUGUCCCUUUACAAAUCUCUUCCUCCUAAGCUUUUAACAAACAACCUCAAACAAAACAACCAUAACCUUCUUAUCUUAAACUCCUUCAGUUCAACUUUGUUAAGUUUUGUAUAAGCUGUUUCAGAUCAGAUUUUCUUUUUUUGUUGGUAAUCUUUUUAAGAAUAGUUCGUAUUUUUUUCGGUACGCUGCAAUUCCCAAGGAAAGUUGAAUUCAAGUGUAGACAAUGAUUACUGAUCUAUUGGAGAACUUCUAGGGUGUUUGUUCAAGAAAGUCAACCGACAGUGCUCAAGUAUAUCGAAGAAAUUUUUACUUAUCAAUGCAAACAUCUCAGAACCAUGAAAUUUCUUACGGCUCUGACAGGUUCUACGUUGAGCCUGUGCAGAAUCUCGAGUCGUAUUGCUUACCCUCAAUUGAGAAUCUAGACAAUUAUUCUUCCUCUGAUAACAGCUGCCAAACAUUUUAUCCUUCUCAUCAAACUCUAGAACCAUACAACACCCUUGAAUCUGCUUCAACAAGCAACAACAGUUUACCUUACCAAAAUUCUCCCUCUACUCACAGUUUUUCACCUAACAAUAGUCCAGGUUCUACGUUAAGGCCGCAACAUUCACUUGAAUUUGUCAAUGGUUCACCUGAGGAGGAGGAUUCUUACUUGAUAUAUCAUGAUCAUGAUGACCUAAGGCAUAAGAUGAGUGAGCUGGAAUCUGUUAUGCGAGGACCUAACGUAGAGAUGCUAGAGAUGUAUGAUACCAAAGUUCAAGAAGAAUCUGCUUCAUUCUUAUUAGAGGCAGAGAAGUGGAAGAAAAACGUGGAGAUGGUAUCUAGAGGGGAUUUGAAAGAGAUGCUUUAUACUUGUGCAAAAGCAGUGGAUGAGAAUGAUAUCGAGACAAUUGAAUGGAUGGUAACUGAGUUACGCAAAAUAGUAUCCGUUUCAGGCAGUCCAAUUGAACGAUUGGGAGCGUACAUGUUGGAGGCACUUGUUUCAAAGAUUGCCUCUUCUGGAAGUACAAUCUACAAAUCGUUAAAAUGCAGCGAGCCUACUGGUAAUGAACUGCUUUCCUACAUGCAUGUACUUUAUGAAAUAUGUCCGUACUUUAAGUUUGGAUACAUGUCUGCAAAUGGGGCCAUUGCGGAAGCUAUGAAGGAGGAAAAUGAAGUCCAUAUAAUUGAUUUUCAGAUUGGACAAGGAACUCAGUGGGUGAGUCUAAUCCAGGCUCUUGCUCGCCGCCCUGGAGGACCUCCAAAGAUUAGAAUAACAGGUAUUGAUGACUCUUAUUCAUCUAAUGUCCGCGGUGGGGGCGUUGAUAUAGUAGGGGAAAAGUUAUUGACGCUUGCGCAGUCAUGUCAUGUACCCUUUGAGUUCCAUGCUGUUAGAGUGUAUCCUUCUGAAGUGCGACUCGAAGACUUUGAACUUCGACCUAAUGAAGCUGUGGCGGUGAAUUUUGCCAUUAUGCUACACCAUGUACCAGAUGAAAGUGUGAACAUUCAUAAUCAUCGUGAUAGGUUGCUGCGAUUGGCUAAACACAUGUCUCCUAAGGUGGUGACUCUAGUUGAGCAAGAAUUCAACACCAAUAACGCUCCGUUCUUGCAGCGUUUCCUCGAGACAAUGAACUACUACUCAGCAGUUUAUGAAUCGAUUGAUGUUGUUCUUCCAAGGGAUCACAAAGAGAGGAUUAAUGUCGAACAACAUUGUUUGGCUCGUGAAGUUGUGAACUUAGUAGCUUGCGAAGGGGAAGAAAGAGUGGAACGUCACGAGCUUCUGAGUAAGUGGAGAAUGCGUUUCACGAUGGCUGGAUUUACGCCUUAUCCAUUGAGCUCCUUCAUCAAUUCUUCAAUCAAGAAUCUUCUCGAGAGCUACCGUGGACAUUACACCCUAGAAGAGAGAGAUGGUGCACUGUUUCUUGGUUGGAUGAAUCAAGAUCUUAUUGCUUCUUGUGCUUGGAGAUGAAAAAUAUAAUGACAGUUCAGUUUUGUUACUGCAGGUUUUUAUGUUAGGCUAUAUGUAUCAUCAUCCUAUUUAGAUUUACUCUUUUUAUUAUACUCAAAUAACUGUUUUGUAAAAGAGCAUCCUAAAACUUUGUCACAAAUACUAGUAACAGGCCUGAUGGAUUAUAUAUGCAGAAUUUGUCUAUCCAGUGUGUUUUAUAGAACAUGUUUACCUUACCAGAGAUUAAAAAUAAGGUUAGAUAUGAUAUUUUUUA